AUGUUUAACCCCCACAAUACCGAAAGUAACACAGUGGAUACAGUAUUACCCAAGAAACCGCGAUCGUGGCCUCAUCUCCGCAAACCUCCCUUUUCGUUUAGACCCUCCUCCAAGUUUCCUAUCUUUCUCCUUGGACUUCAAUUCACCUCUCUUCUAAUCAACUUACAUUCUCUUUCUCACCUCCCACCUUUAAUCACAAUGGCCUCUCCCCGUCCCGCAUCUCCCUUGACCUCAGGCGCCGAGUCCGGCGCUGAGAAGUCCGGCGCCGGCGCCGCUGCCUCUGGCUCUUCCGUCAGCCGUCCCUCUUCUCCCUCGACCCCCGGCGGUCCUCGCGCUGCCAUGCGUCGCCGCGCCGCUGCCGACCACAAGGAGACUCUGCGCAAUGCUCGCCCUAGCUCCACCCGCUCCGCCGGCGCCGGUGGCUCCUCCGGCACCAUGCUCAAGCUCUACACUGACGAGAGCCCCGGUCUCCGCGUCGACCCCGUCGUUGUCCUGGUCCUGAGUCUGGGCUUCAUCUUCUCCGUUGUCGGUCUCCACGUCAUCGCCAAGAUCACCCGCAAGUUCUCCGCUUAA